CGGAAGUGCGCGAGGAGGGCGGGCUAGCGGGAGCGCAGCUCCUUUGCCGCCCACAUCCGAGCUCGCGCGCGCAUGAUGGCGGGGGGGCGCGCCGCCGAGCUGAACGGACGUUGAGGGAGGCGGCCACUGAUCAUGAGAUGUUUCCACGAAAUCUACCUCAGACCUCACUUUUGCUCAUUAAUGUGCUGCAUCAUUACAAAUCUCAGCAGCUCUGCAAACACUCUUGAAAAAGUCUUGAGAAAACAGAUUGUGAUACCAAAUCAAUGCGUGAUGACCUAGUAGUAGGUUGAAGUCUGAAACAUUCUUGAUACACCAGUCCAAGAUAACACUGCCUAAUGUAUCAAUACAAUUUCUAAACGCUACAAACAUCUGCAGUUUCUUCUUGUUACUCCAGAAACUGAUUUCUCCUGCAGAAAGAUCCUUGCUUCUCUAAUCUGGUCCUGGAAAUAUUAAUGGAAUACAGUCAUGUCUACUCAGGACGAAAGGCAGAUCAAUACCGAAUAUGCAGUAUCCUUGCUGGGACAGUUAAAAUUGUUCUAUGAACAGCAAUUGCUAACUGACAUAGUGUUGAUUGUUGAGGGCACUGAAUUCCCCUGCCAUAAGAUGGUUCUUGCAACAUGCAGCUCCUAUUUCAGAGCCAUGUUCAUGAGUGGGCUAAGUGAAAGCAAACAAACACAUGUACAUCUGAGGAAUGUGGAUGCAGCCACUUUACAAAUUAUAAUAACUUAUGCAUACACGGGUAACUUGGCAAUAAGUGACAGCACGGUAGAACAGCUUUAUGAGACUGCUUGCUUCUUACAGGUAGAAGAUGUGUUACAGCGAUGUCGAGAAUAUUUAAUUAAAAAAAUAAAUGCAGAGAACUGUGUGCGAUUAUUAAGUUUUGCGGAUCUCUUCAGCUGUGAAGAGUUAAAACAAAGUGCUAAGAGAAUGGUAGAGCACAAGUUCACCGCUGUAUACCACCAGGAUUCUUUCAUGCAACUAUCACAUGAUCUGCUGGUAGAUAUUUUAAGCAGUGACAAUUUAAAUGUGGAAAAAGAGGAGACAGUUCGUGAAGCUGCUAUGUUAUGGCUGGAAUACAACACAGAAUCACGAUCACAGUAUUUGUCCUCUGUUCUUAGCCAAAUCAGAAUUGAUGCACUUUCAGAAGUAACACAGAGAGCCUGGUUUCAAGGAUUACCACCUAAUGAUAAAUCGGUGGUGGUGCAAGGAUUAUACAAAUCUAUGCCCAAAUUUUUCAAACCAAGACUUGGUAUGACUAAAGAGGAGAUGAUGAUAUUCAUUGAAGCUGCUGCUGAAAAUCCUGGUAGUCUUUACUCUUCUGUCUGUUACAGCCCCCAGGCAGAAAAAGUUUACAAGCUUUGCAACCCUCCUGCCGACUUGCAUAAGGUUGGGACACUUGUAACUCCUGAUAAUGAUAUCUAUAUAGCAGGUGGCCAAGUUCCUCUGAAAAACACAAAAACCAAUCACAGUAAAACUAGCAAACUUCAGGCUGCCUUCAGAACUGUGAAUUGCUUUUACUGGUUUGAUGCACAGCAAAACACUUGGUUUCCAAAGACUCCAAUGCUUUUUGUUCGUAUAAAGCCUUCCUUGGUCUGCUGUGAAGGAUACAUCUAUGCAAUUGGAGGAGAUAGCGUAGGCGGAGAACUCAACAGAAGAACUGUUGAAAGAUAUGAUAGUGAGAGAGAUGAAUGGACCAUGGUAAGCCCGUUGCCUUGUGCAUGGCAGUGGAGUACAGCGGUAGCUGUUCAUAACUGCAUUUAUGUAAUGGCACACAACUUGAUGUACUGUUAUUUUCCCAGGUCGGAUGCUUGGGUAGAAAUGGCUAUGAGACAAACUAGUAGAUGCUUUGCUUCUGCUGCUGCUUUUGGUGACAAAAUAUUCUAUAUUGGAGGAUUGCAUAUUGGCAGCAAUUCUGGUAUAAGACUCCCAACUAGCACCGUAGAUGGGUCUUCUGUAACUGUGGAAGUCUAUGAUGUGAAUAAAAAUGAAUGGAGAAUGGCAGCUAAUAUCCCUGCCAAGCGGUAUUCUGACCCUUGUGUUAGAGCUGUUGUAAUCUCCAAUUCUUUGUGUGUCUUUAUACGAGAAACUCACAUGAACGAGAGAGCCAAGUACGCCACCUACCAAUAUGAUCUGGAGCUCGAUCGGUGGUCUCUACGACAGCAUAUAUCGGAACGUGUGCUCUGGGACUUAGGAAAAGACUUCCGAUGCACUGUGGGAAAGCUGUAUCCAUCUUGUCUUGAAGAGUCCCCAUGGAAACCUCCAACCUAUCUCUUUUCACCAGAUGGGGCUGAUGAGUUUGAGCUGGAUGGGGAAAUGGUUACUCUACCACCUGUAUAGCUCCCCACUUAAAGACUGCACACCUGCUUCUGGGCUCACUUAUUUGAAAUGAAACUUUAAUGAAAGAACAGAGCUGGAAAUUAAAACAUUAAACCGGUCUUUCAUAAUUGUAUUUUUAUGCCCUACUUAUCAUUUGCAGUCAUUCAGUAUCAACCAGUGACUCUAAGCAGAUAUGCUUCCAUAAUCUGAGAUACUAUCUGAUAAUUGAGAGAAACCUGUAUGUAUAUCAUGAGCUUAAGCAUCUGACUACUGUCUGAAGAAUUGAUUUCUAGUCCUAUGAACUUUCAGUUCAAGAAAAAUUACAAAAGCAGUUACUGUUGCUAGCAUGGUAUGUCAAAACUGAAAAUAUCUUCCAGUUAUAUUUGAACUACUUCUGGAUAUACUACUAUAGUGCUCAUUAUAUAAUUUGCGUGGCCUAAGUAAUGGAAUGUGCUGCACUUAACACCAAUUUCCAUAUUGGUAUAGUAAUGCCAUUUAAAUGAAUAAACAAAUCCCAUGGAUCUACCUGUGGUAGGAAGGGUAGAUCUUCCAUUGUAUGGUAACAUGCAGGGCAAAAUGGCUGCAGGUUCAGUCAAGGUGUAUAUUAGGUGCAUGUGUUCUAUUUUCACUAACUUAUACCUGUCUGUUUAGAAUACAGGUCUUCCAAGCAGCUGGUGGAUUACCAGAUGUGGACUUAAAUUGCUGGGCUUGCAAUAGGAAUUGCCAGCCACUCAUAGUGCGGGUCUGUGUGGAGUUUUAAUCAUAAAUGCCUCCACAUUCUGUAUUACAGUAACAUUGGCUCAUGUAUAUUACUUCCUGCUGCUGAUGUAUUUUUCCAAUGUAAAACAAAGUUUUAGUGUGGAUUAACCAGGUCUUUAUUUUUUGUUAAUUUAAUAACAAGCAUUACUGUAGUGUGAUUGUGUAUAGAUAUCCCGUAGCUAUCAGGUUUUUUACUUUUUUUGGAGGGGAGCGAAUUGUUCAGGAAUAUUCUGUAUGCUGUGUGCAGGAGAGCAGAUGACUAGUGCUGCUCUGGCAUUAAUCCCAGGAACCACUAGCAGUAGCGGGGCGCCGCCAUUCUAACAUGAACACAGGUGCUUCAUUACAACCUUACUAGCAUGUUCAGCUGCAUCAUGUUCUGGCACUGUAUUUUGAAUGACAUUAAUUUAUUAAAAAAACUGAAUCUAAA